AUGAGUGAUAUUGCUAGACCUCCUCUUUAUUCCCUGCAUCAACAAUUUACACCACUGAGUGAGAUCCAUCAACAAUUUACACCACUGAGAUUUCUGAUAUCGACGGACGAAUCUACCAUAAAUCAUAUAAGGAUGCAACUUUACAGUCUAACGCUUCAGAAGCCAACCGCAGCGACGCAUGCCAUUCAGGGCAACUUCUCUGGGCCGAGAGUCCAUGAAGUUGUUUUGGCUCGAGGCCGGGUGUUGGAACUUGUUCGACUUGAAGACCGUAAAUUGAGAUCAAUCUGGAGUUCAGAUGUUUUUGGGAUAAUCCGAUCAAUCACAACAUUUCGACUGACAGGAAGUCCCAAAGACUAUCUUGUUGUUGGGUCUGACAGCGGACGGAUCGUCGUAUUAGAGUUCAACUCAACCAAGAAUUGUUUCGACAAAGUCCACCAGGAGACCUUCGGAAAGUCCGGCGUGAGACGAGUCGUUCCGGGCCAAUAUCUAGCUGCGGACCCUAAAGGGCGUGCUGUGAUGAUUGGAGCGAUUGAAAGAUCUAAAUUUGUUUAUGUUCUUAACCGCGACGCGUCUAGUAAUUUGACGAUUAGUUCUCCAUUAGAAGCGCACAAAUCACAUCAAAUUUGUUUUGGAAUUACCGGAAUCGACGUCGGAUUUGAAAAUCCUGUUUUUGCUUCUAUUGAGCAAAAUUAUGAAGCGGCAGAUAAACCGUCCAAGGCGACGGACGGGGAAUUCGAAAGACCGCCUAAGGGAGUUUCAUUUUGGGAAAUGGAUUUGGGACUCAACCAUGUGAUCAAGAAAUGCACGCUGCCAUGCGACGACUCAGCGCAUCUUUUGAUUCCCGUUCCGGGCGGAUCUGGACAAGAUCCCGGACCAAGUGGCGUUCUUGUCUGUUGUGAAAACUUUGUCGUCUACAAAAGGCCAGAUCAUCCCGACGUGGCUUGUGCAAUUCCUCGACGUCUAGAAAUGGCUCAAGAUGCCAAGAUGGUUGUCUCUUGCUUCGCCAUGCACAAGUUACGCAAUUUUUUCUUCUUCCUAAUUCAAACAGACUACGGGGAUCUCUACAAAAUUGAACUGACUCACGAAGAACAGGGAGAAAGGAGAGUUGUUGUUGAGGUCGUCGUUCGCUACUUGGAUUCAAUUCCUGUUGCGAACGCCAUGUGUGUUCUCCGAUCUGGCUAUUUAUUUGUAGCCGCUGAAUUUGGGAAUCAUCUGUUGUAUCAAUUCACUGGCAUUGGUGGAGAUCCAACUGAUCCACUUUGUACAUCCAACCAUCCAAGUGGCGCUGAUUGCACAGUUGCUUUUAAAUUGAGGUCCUUAAAAAAUUUAACUCUCGUCGAACAAAUGAACAGUUUAAGUCCAAUUACAGACAUGAAAAUUUUGGACGCGCUUGGCGAAGGCCAUCCGCAGAUUUUCGCUGCCUGUGGACGGGGACCUCGUUCGUCUCUCCGCGUCAUUCAGCACGGAUUGUCCGUCGAGGAACUUGCAGACAAUGAGCUUCCCGGGACUCCCUUGGCUGUUUGGACUUUGAAGGAAACGAACGAGUCGUUGCAUGAUGGAUUCAUCAUUGUCACAUUCCCAGAUACCACGUUGAUUUUGUCAAUUGGUGAAAAUGUUGCUGAAGUCUCUGAUACAAACUUUCUGCAAAAUGUUUCCUCUCUUCAAGUUGCACUGAUGAUCGAUGAUUCCCACAUUCAGGUUCAUGAAAACGGGAUCAGGCAUUUACAAACAGGAAAAAGAGUGAACGAGUGGAGAACGUCGCAAGGACGUCGAAUCAUCGCUGCGACGUCAAACGCUAGACAGAUCUGCAUUGCAAUGACGGGAGGGGAAGUUGUUUCAUUUGAGAUCGAUGAGUCACACACAUUAACCGAAAUGAGUCGCAAAACAGUCGAUUAUGAGAUCACAGCGCUUUCUGUUCAACCGACUCCAACGGGAAGAACACGAGCGUCCUUUUUGGCAAUUACUGGUUUGGACAACACUGUAAGAAUCUUUGAUCUCGAUCCUGAAGCUGAACUGAGACAACUUGCACUGAUGGGAGUCCCAAAUGACGCCCAUGCCGGAAGUGUUUGUUUGUGGCAGUUUGAGACGAAGGAUUCUUCAGGUGUUGCUGUAUCGCAGUUGUAUCUAUAUGUUGGAUUGGAAACUGGUGUUCUUCUACGUGCAACAGUGGAUCGUGUAACUGGCGAGCUAACAGAUCAAAGAACUCGAUUUUUAGGGCCGUCCCCAAUCCAGUUGCAUCGAGUGAACUUGGGAAAGCUUUCCGGUUCAGGCGCUUCAACAGCAAUGAUUGCGCUCUCUACACGUCCCUGGUUGUGCCAUUAUUCAAGCCAAAAUCGUGUACAAUGCGCCCCGCUUCAUUAUGGGAAGUUGGAAUUUGUAUCCUCAUUCUCUUCUGAACAGUGUCCCGAUGGCUUUGUUGCGGUGUCUGGUCGCGAUUUAAGAAUUUUUCAAUGCAGUGCCAUAUCGGGUGCUUUCUCGCAAACUACUAUCCCCCUCAGUUAUACUCCCAGGAAGCUUUGCGUUCUUCCACCACCGUCCCAAGCAAUGGACGGAAUGUUAGCAGCAAGUCUGGGACCCCCAGAAAGCCCUAUUCCUCCCAAUCAAGCAGUAUUAGCGGUGGUCGAAGCGGACCAUGGUGUUUACGAUGAAGCAACAAGGAAAGAGAUCGCGUCUGCAUUAAAACGAAUCGAUAUGACCGAAGCGGACGAAGCGAAAGAUGAAUCGGAUGACAUGGAAAUUAAAGAGACGGAUGAGGGCGGUGAAGCGGAAGCUGAUAUUCCAGAGGAGCAAGUUGGGACAUUCCGUGCGGGUCCUGGGAAAUGGGGAUCCUGCGUCCGGGUGGUUCACCCACUUACAUCGAAAACGAUUUGUAAAUAUUCAUUGGAUGUGGAUGAAGCGGCCUUCUGCUCUGUUGCAUGUCGGUUUUGGGAAUUCGAUUCUCCGUGUUUGGUCGUUGGAACAGCCUAUAACAUGACACUCAGACCAAGGAAUUGUCCCAAGGCAAGCAUCAAAGUCUUCGCUUAUAAUUCGGACUACAAGCUCCAUUUGAUCCACUCGACUCCAGUUGAAUCCGCUCCUCUUGCUCUAUGCGCUUGGGAUGGAAGAUUGAUUGUAUCUCUCGGCAAAAAAAUACGAAUCUAUUCGCUGGGAAGAAGACGGUUACUGAAAAAAUGCGAAUUCAGAGCGAUUCCUGAAGCAGUCAUAUGGCUCCGUGUUGUGAAAGAUCGUAUCUUUGCGGGGGACGUGCGCGAAGGGUUCAUGGUGCUGAAAUAUCGCUCAUCCGAGAAUGCGUUGCACGUGAUAUCUGAGGAGUCCCGACCUCAUUGGCUUACGUGUGGGGAAGUUCUCGAUUAUCAUACAGUUGUUGGAGGUGAUAAGUUUGAUUCUCUGGUGGUUGCGCGAGUUUCUGACUCUGUUAAAGAAAUUGAUGCUGGAGGGUUGGGGGGAUAUACCACAUUGAGGCUGAGGGGGGACACUCCGUACCUGACCACUGAGUGUCCAAAGUUUGAAUAUGUCUCCAAUUUCCAUGUCGGCGAGACUCUAACAGCUUUACAAAAAGCAACGUUAACUCCGGGUGGUGCUGAGGCGGUGGUUUACUCCACAGUCUUAGGCUCCAUUGGAGCAUUCCUCCCUCUGCUGACCAAAGACGAGACGGAUCUUCUUCAGCAUCUAGAGAUGUCUAUGCGAUCUGCCCUGCCGCCUUUAUGCGGUCGUGAGCAUGUGACAUUUCGGUCAUAUUACACCCCGUGCAAGAGCGUGAUUGAUGGAGACCUAUGCGAACAAUUUCAAAAUCUCCCUCCACAGCAACAAAAAUCGGUAGCACAGGAAGUAUCAAGAACUCCAUUAGAAAUUAUGAAGAAGCUUGAAGAAUUAAGGAACCGUCUUCUGUAA